CCGAGCAACCGCCAGUCAUCAGCAAGGCUGGCAUGAGGAUUGUACGUUGUGAGGAGUGUACAGUAUUGACCUACUAACACAGAUCUCUCACCAGCGGCGGCGGCUGCAUUAGCAGCAAAGCAUUAGCAGCGACGGCUGAAGACACACGCUCUGCUCCGCCUGGCGCAGUCACUCUCUCUCUUUCUUCCUCUCUCUCUCCUCCACCUCCUCUCCCGGGAACUGCUUUGGGCUCUUGCGGGGAAAAGGCAGCAGGAGCGGCGCUGCCACUGACAAGCGGUCUUUCAGAGGGUCUCCCCCGCCUCCAGGCUUUACAGUCCUGAGCCCUUUCCACCUCUCGGCCCGCGCUCCCUUCCAAAGUAAUCAGCCGGAGAAGGCAGCGCGCCGUUGUCCAAAGGAUCUUCCGGAAGAUACAGCACUAUCGCCCGCCACCGAAGGAGAUUGCCGAGGUAUAGACCUUCCGUAGCGGAACUGUGUUUUUUAGAAGAUUGCUAAUUGAAUCUACUCAGAAGCAAAUCUGAUCAAGAGAGCUUGAUGCCCGAGACUAUGGAAUAAAUAGAAGAAUGCUUAUGGAUUUAAAAUUAUUGUAUUUACCCAGUUGUUAUGGUUCAAGAAGGCCUCAAAGAUUAAUUUACCCUGCUACUAUUUGCACACCUACUAAAAAUUGCUUCUGAUGCAGCUGAGAAAAAUGCAGUCCAUUAAAACAGAACAGGCACCUGCUGAUACAAGUAGCAAUGUAGGCAAAAUUCUGGUACUUAAUUCUACAUUAACAGAUGUAUCUGAUGACUUAGCUACUGGUGAUGAAAUGCUACUCACUGAAGGAGGUAUUGUAAAAACCAAGUCUUCAACAUGCCGGAGAAAGAGGGAAUUCAUUCCUGAUGAAAAGAAAGAUGCAAUGUAUUGGGAAAAAAGGCGAAAAAAUAACGAAGCUGCCAAAAGGUCUCGUGAAAAGCGACGACUGAAUGACCUUGUGUUGGAGAACAAACUAAUUGCACUGGGAGAAGAAAAUACCACUUUAAAAGCUGAAUUACUUUCACUGAAGCUAAAGUUUGGUUUAAUUAGCUCUUCAGCAUAUGCCCAAGAGAUUCAGAAGCUUAGCAAUUCAACGGCUGUUUAUUUUCAGGAGUAUCAGAAUUCCAAAUCAAGUAUUAACACUUUCAUUGAUGAACAUGAGCCCACUAUGGUGGGCAGUAGUUGUAUAUCUGUCAUUAAGCACUCACCUCAAAGUUCUUUAUCUGAUGUAUCUGAAGUAUCAUCCGUAGACAAUACUCAAGCAAGCCCUAUACAAAAUAAUUGCAGAAAUCCUGAAAAUAAAUUCCAUCUCAUAAAGCAAGAGCCUAUAGAGUUGGAAAACUAUGCAAGAGAGUCAAGAGAUGACAGAGGCUCCUAUACAACCUCCAUGUAUCCAAAUUUCAUUGGAAGCAACUUCAGUGGUUACUCACAUUCCCCUCCACUUUUGCAAGUUAACCGAUCCUCCAACAAUUCUCCAAGAACAUCAGAGGCAGAUGAUGGUGUUGUAGGAAAGUCAUCAGAUGGGGAAGAUGAGCAGCAAGUUCCUAAAGGUCCAAUCCAUUCUCCCGUUGAACUUAAAAAUACUCAUGCUACAGUUAAAGUUCCAGAAGUGAGCUCUUCAGCGCUGCCUCACAAGCUUAGAAUUAAAGCCAAGGCUAUGCAUAUUAAAGUGGAGACUUUGGAAAACGAGUAUGAUGCUACCCAGAAACUGUCAUCGCCAAUUGAUAUGUCAUCUAAAAGGCAUUUUGAACUUGAAAAGCACAAUGCACAAGAUUUGGUACAUUCUUCUCACACUCCUUUCUCUGUUCAAGUGACUAAUAUCCAAGACUGGUCUCUGAAGCCAGAACACUGGCAACAUCAGAAAGAACUCACUGAAAAAAAUGAGAUUGGCUGCAAAACUGCAGCAGCUGAUGUUAAAGACACUUCCUACAAAGUGUCCGAGACAGAAAAUUUGUAUUUGAAGCAAGGAAUAGCAAAUUUGUCUGCAGAAGUUGCUUCACUUAAAAGACUUAUAAGUACACAACACAUCUCUGCUUCAGACUCUGGCUAAAUGACUACUGAAGAAAUGCUUAUUGUUUUAAAGGAUGUCAUUUGCAGUAGAUUGAUAUGUUUUGUAUUAUGCUGAAUUUUCACUGGACUUGUGAUGUCAUUUCACUGUAAUGUUCACAUAAUGUCUGAUGGAUGGUGUCUUUUUGUGCACAGAUGACAAUGGGGACUAGAUUGCCAUGAUUACUAUGCCUUGUGUAUAGUCAAGUAGUCUGGACAAAGGCUGUAUAUAGUGAACAUUAUUUUUCUGUUGUUCUGUUACUAUAAAGUGUGAAAGUUGCCAGUUCCAAUAAACAAUUGGUGACAAGCA